GUUGUUUGUGAGCGGCCAUUGGCGGCGUCAGGGAGCCGCCUCCAGCCGAUUGGCCAGGUUCUGGAGGACGGCCAGGGCCGGGAGGGGAGGAGGCGGUGAAACCGCUAGGCCGGGCGAGGCUGGGCCGAGCCGAGGCGAGCGCGAGAGCCACCUGCACGGGCACAGGAGCCCGAACUCGAGCCGCGGUUCCGCCACCAUGCGCUGGAUCCGCGCGCUGUUGAAGAAUGCGUCCCUGGCAGGGGCGCCCAAGUACAUCGAGCAUUUCAGCAAGUUCUCCCCCUCCCCGCUGUCCAUGAAGCAGUUUCUGGACUUCGGCUCCAGUAAUGCCUGUGAGAAAACCUCAUUCACCUUCCUCCGGCAAGAGCUGCCUGUGCGCCUGGCCAACAUCAUGAAAGAGAUCAACCUGCUUCCUGACCGGGUGCUGAGCACACCCUCGGUGCAGCUGGUGCAGAGCUGGUAUGUCCAGAGUCUCCUGGACAUCAUGGAGUUCCUGGACAAGGACCCAGAGGACCAUCAUACCCUGAACCAGUUCACCGAGGCCCUGGUCACCAUCCGGAACCGCCACAAUGACGUGGUGCCCACCAUGGCGCAGGGCGUGCUGGAGUACAAGGACGCCUACGGCGACGACCCCGUGUCCAACCAGAACAUCCAGUACUUCCUGGACCGCUUCUACCUCAGCCGCAUCUCCAUCCGCAUGCUCAUCAACCAGCACACCCUGAUCUUCGACGGCAGCACCAACCCGGCCCACCCCAAACACAUCGGCAGCAUUGACCCCAACUGCAACAUCUCCAACGUGGUGAAAGAUGCCUAUGACAUGGCCAAGCUCCUGUGUGACAAGUAUUACAUGGCCUCACCUGACCUGGAGAUCCAGGAGAUCAAUGCAUCCAACUCCAAACAGCCAAUUCACAUGGUUUAUGUCCCGUCCCACCUCUACCACAUGCUUUUUGAGCUCUUCAAGAAUGCCAUGCGAGCAACUGUGGAAAGUCAUGAGUCCAGCCUUGUUCUCCCACCGGUCAAGGUCAUGGUGGCCUUGGGCGAGGAGGAUCUGUCCAUCAAAAUGAGUGACCGCGGCGGGGGUGUCCCCUUGAGGAAGAUCGAACAGCUCUUCAGCUACAUGUACUCCACAGCACCCACCCCCCAGCCCGGCACCGGGGGGACCCCGCUGGCUGGCUUUGGGUAUGGGCUCCCCAUUUCCCGCCUCUACGCCAAGUACUUCCAGGGGGACCUGCAGCUCUUCUCCAUGGAGGGCUUCGGGACGGACGCCGUCAUCUAUCUCAAGGCCCUGUCCACGGACUCGGUGGAGCGCCUGCCCGUCUACAACAAGUCAGCCUGGCGCCACUACCAGACCAUCCAGGAGGCGGGCGACUGGUGUGUGCCCAGCACGGAGCCCAAGAACACGUCCACGUACCGUGUCAGCUAGGAGUCGCCCUGCUCUUCCGCAGCGGCGAGGAUGGACUGCUUGCCGUCUCUGGGACCAGCCGCCGCGGUUACCCUCCCCACCCCACCCCAGGUCGGGGAGACUCCUCCUGGUGACCAGCUUCUGUCUCUGUGGAAGUCACUGCAGUGACCAGUUGGUGGUAGCCCCUAAGUGCCAAUCUGCGUCUCUGUGGAGAUCCUCAGGUGGUCUCCCCAGUGUCCGAUCUCUGUGAGCAGUCCCUGAGGGUCGGGGGAUGUGUCCACCCUGCUGAGGUGUCCCAGAGAUACGUUUCCACGGCAGUCCCCCUCUCUGAGACCAGUGUUGCCACUGUCCUGCCAGGGGUCCUGGGUCCCCCUCACUGCCCUCCACAGCCGGGUCUUCCAAACAGAUGCCCCUACUUGCCUUACUCCCUUAGUGUGCCCAGGUACCCCAGGUACCCCAGCCCGGUCCCGUGUCAGUGUUAGUUACAGAGGCGCUCGGCGGGUGGGGAAAGGCAUUGCACCCUUGGGCCCCAGGCAGGGCAGGGACCUGGAGUGCCAGCCACUCCCUCCUUGACCUCUGAGCUUCAGGUCAAGAUCAGGAGGGAGGGGGGGAGUUCUUACCAGGACCUCACCCUUGAAGUGGAAGAACCUGGGAAGACCCAGAGGUACGCGCCCAGCCAGGCUGCUUGCAGCCCCGCAGGCGGCCCCCCCAGUGUGUCUGCAGCCCCCCAAGCCCUUCCUCGAACGUCCUCAUGUGCACACACCCGCCUGCCCACCUCACAUCCCCACCGUCCGCCUGAGCCCCAGACCCCAACUCCCACCGUGCCCGGACACGUGCGUGCAUGGGGGGGCCCCUCUCCCUAGAAUGCUCUGUGUACAUAGCUAGUUUUAUAGCCCCCGAGUGCCCCUGUCCCUCCCCUUAGCACACAGGGGGUUGAAGUUGUGUGCCCCUCCCAGUGGCUGUGAUGGUGACAGUGACAUCCACAGUAAAGAGGAGAGCCAAUGAG